GGGAGGGCUCAGAGGCAGGGAAGGACGAGACCUCAGACAGACUCUGGGAUGGGACACCUGCUCUCCAUUUAGCCCCUGCCCCAUACAUAGCAUCCGGGCUUGGAGUAGGCUGGCAGCAAUUAUGCGGGAUAACAGGGCUUCUGGGUUAAUUAGGCUCCUCCUUCUCCGGCCCACGUUGCCUGCCGGGAGGCUUGGCCAGAAUCUCACUUGCUCGCAUCACUAGCUCCAGGGCACGGGCCGUCGGGCCCUCCUUGCCCUGACACUUUUAUCUCUCAGCGUCUCCAGCUAUGUCUCUCUUGCCGUCUCUGUCUCUCUGAAGCUUUCCGUGCCGGGGGAGCUGGCCAGCUGUAACCCGCUGGAAAAAGGGAUGACAAGGGGUGGCUUGUGCUUGUGUUUACAAUGUCACGGGGGCCAGACUGUGGGAGUGACAUGCCAGCCUGGCCCCAGGUUCUGUGCUGGGGGGAUGGGAUGGAGAUCACGCGCCCACCCUCCUCCCCCUCUCUCCGCAGGGCUGCUGUCCCAGAGCCUGGAGUUCAGCUCUCUGGCAGACAACUACACCGUGUGCGAGGGAGACAACGCCACGCUCAGCUGCUCCAUCGACGAGCAUGUGACCCGCGUGGCUUGGCUGAACCGCUCCAACAUCCUGUACGCGGGCAAUGACCGCUGGACCAGCGACCCGCGCGUGCGGCUGCUCACCAACUCCCCCGCCGAGUUCUCCAUUCUCAUCACCCGCGUGGGCCUGGGCGACGAGGGUCUCUACACCUGCUCCUUCCAGACUCGGCAGCAGCCGCACACGGCCCAGGUCUACCUCAUCGUGCACGUCCCUGCCCGAAUCGUGAACAUCUCGUCUGCGGUGACAGUGAAUGAGGGUGGGAACGUGAACCUGCUAUGUCUGGCUGUGGGAAGGCCAGAGCCCACAGUCACCUGGAGACAGCUCCGAGACGGCUUCACAUCCGAGGGUGAGAUCCUGGAAAUCUCGGACAUCAGGCGAAGUCAGGCGGGGGACUACGAGUGCGUGACCCACAACGGCGUGGCAUCGGCCCCCGACAGCCGCCGCGUGCCCGUCACCGUCAACUACCCUCCGACCAUCACCGACGUGACGAGCGCCCGGACGGCCGUGGGACGCACUGCGCUACUCCGCUGUGAAGCUAUGGCCGUGCCGCCCGCAGACUUCCAGUGGUUCAAAGAUGACAAACAGCUGGGGGGCGGCGCGGCCGAGGGCCUGAAGGUGCAGACGGAGAGGACCCGCUCCAUGCUGCUCUUCGCCAACGUGAGCGGCCGCCACUACGGGAACUACACGUGCCGGGCGGCCAACAGGCUCGGGGCUGCCAGCGCCUCCAUGCGCCUUCUGCGCCCAGGCUCUCUGGAGAACGCGGCCUCCCGGCCCCCGGGGCCUCUGGCCCUCCUCUCUGCGCUGGGCUGGCUGUGGUGGGGAGGCAUGUAGGAGCCAAGGCUGACAGAGACCGAGCCCUAGCGAGGGAGUGAGCCAGCAGCCUGGAGAGAGUGAGAGCCAGCAAGGAAGGCCCCGAGUCCCGGGCAGAGGAGGAAGAGGAGAGAUCCUUAGAGAACCCAUCACUGUGAGGGAUAAACGCAAAAUUAUGCAUCGUUUCUACAGCCAUCGUCGUCACCCGUUCACGUGUCCGACCGUUCCCCGGUUACCCCUGACCCCCUCGGCCCUGGCCUCGAUCCACUCUGGGUACCCCGUCACCCCUGCCAGCCACAGGCUGCCCGUCACCUCUGCAUGCCAGCUUUCCGUGGCUGCACUGGCUGCAGGGGUCCCUGGACCCCACCCCACCCCCACCAGGCUUAGCUUUAGCUUUCUCACCUGUCAGGAGCCCCGUCCCCCCUCGUGUUGGAUCUUGGGAAAAGUUGGGGGAGGCACCGGCACCUCCGGGCCUCUCCCAACCACCGAGGCUGCCUGCCACAUUUCUGGGUGUCCCCUCCCCACCAUCCCUCCCCUCCCCCCUUCCGGCCUUCCCCCCAGGCCGACUGGUGCUUCCGUCCCACUGUCAGGCCGGUGGCUGUGGCCUCCCCCGCUUCAGCUGUCUGCCGCAGUGCUGCCCCACCCCUCUGCCACCUUAGCUGCUUGCCCGUGUCCCUGGCCCGUCCCUGGCCCGUCCACUGGCUGCCGGCCGUCUGAGCCCUCGCUCCCGUCUUGUCUUGACGCCAGUCAGCCGACCGUACCUCACCUACAUGUACCUGCACCCACCAGCGACUGUGAUCAGCAAUAGUCCCCCCUGUCCCCCCUUCCCCGGCUCUAACUAUCUUCUGCUCUGGGUUUGGCUCCCCGGGUCCAACUGUAGCUUCUACCCCAGAGGAGGUGAUUUUGCCAAGGGACAGAGAGAACCUAACAGAAGCCUGCUGCUAACUAGUCCCACUAGAGACCCCCCAAACCCGCCACUCAGACAGAGGGAGGGCGAGUCCUGGGCCCAGUCCUAGAGAUACUUGUUAACACCUUCCGCUACAUAAAAACUUCCUCAACGUU